AUUAAUUUCAGCCUGAAACUUGUUCUUCUACUACCAAAAAAUAAAUUUGUGUAACAAACUUUAUUUAAGAUGUCCAAAGAAGACUUUAGUCCCGUUGCAGACUGGUACAGUGGUCGUUCCAUUUUCAUAACAGGAGCUUCAGGGUUUAUGGGCAAAGUUUUAGUGGAAAAAUUAUUAUUUUCCUGCCCGAAAGUUAAAUACAUUUAUAUUUUACUUAGAGAAAAAAGAAAUAAAUCUCCUGAGGAACGGUUGCAGCAAAUGUGGACGCUACCAGUUUUCGAACGCCUGAGAACAGAACACCCAAACUCCUUCAAAAAAAUACUAAUCCUUACCGGAGAUGUGAACACAGAACUUCUAGGGCUAUCAGAAGACGACCUUCUAACUCUUCAUCAACAAGUAAACGUGGUUUUCCAUUGCGCAGCCACUUUAAAAUUGGAAGCUAAUCUGCGCGAUUCAGUGGAACAAAAUCUAACAGGCACCAAGAGGGUUCUAGAAGUGUGCAAGAACAUUCAAAAACUGGACGCCUUUGUCCACUUUAGCACUGCUUUUUGUUCUGUCGACAUCGAGGUUUUCGAAGAAAAGGUUUACAAUAGUCCCCACGAUCCUAGCAACAUAAUGAACGUUGUAACAUGGUUGCAUCCAGAAGCUUUGGAAAAAGCUACCCCAUACAUUCUGGAUCAACAUGCCAAUACCUAUACUUACACCAAAAGAUUGGCAGAGCAACUGGUAGCCAAAGAAUCUCCAAAUAUGCCUGUGUGCAUCAUUAGACCAUCUAUUGUGACUCCAGCUUUAAAGGAACCAGUCCCAGGAUGGGUGGACAACCUAAACGGUCCCAUGGGACUAAUUGUGGGGGGCGGUAAAGGUAUAAUACGUUCUAUGCAUUGUAAGGGAGAAUUAAAUGCUCAUAUAGUACCGGUUGACGUUGCUAUUAACGCCACAAUUGUGGCAGCACAGAAAUUAGGAUCCUCUACCCAAAGACCAAAGGAAGUCCCAGUCUAUAAUCUAACCCAUCAUGGCUCGAAUCCGACCACAUGGUCGGAACUGGUUGAAACUGGUAGAGAAAUAAUUUACGAAUAUCCCUUUGAUGGGCAAAUUUGGUAUCCUGAUGGAAACAUAAGGUCCUCGAAAUUUGUCCACAAUAUCAUGUGCAUUUUGUUCCAUUGGAUUCCAGCUUUGUUAAUUGAUGGUAUGAUGUUUGUGCUAUGUCAAAAACUAUUUAUGAUUAGAAUUCAGCGGAAGGUUCACAAUGGUUUGGAGUUAUUACAGUUCUUCACAACUCGUGAUUGGCAGUUCAAGCAUGAAAAAUAUUUCGGUUUAAAAAAUUAUUUGAACGAUUACGAGAAGAAAUUGUUUUAUCUGGAUUUUGAUGGCGAAACUAAAAAAGAUUAUUUGACAGUCUGUAUUUUGGGUGCUAGACAAUAUUGUAUGAAGGAACCGCUCUCAUCUCUACCUAGAAGUAGAGUACAAGCUAAAAUGUAAGUAGUUUUUUAAAAUUGAUAAAUCAACUCCCAACCAAUAUUUAAUUUUAGAAUGUAUAUCAUACACAAAUUGGCUGUCUAUGUAUUUUACUACUGGGUUUUUUCUUUGGUUGUACACUCAAAUAUCUACUUGGAAGACACCUUUUACACAAUAGGAGAUUUCGUCAAAAAUAUACCGCUUGUAAAUAACUUUAUA